UCCCCGAGGGGAAACGCUUUAAAUUUCUUUAAAAAGAAAUUACAUUCAAAAGUCAAUAAAACAAAAGCAAGUAAACAGUUACAGAUUAAAAUUAAAUUAUGAGUUUUUGGAAAGCCGCAGUAAACAAAUAUCUUUUAAGCCCUGACGUAAAUGAGCUGAUGGUUUCAGCAGACCUCAGGUCAUCGGGAAGCUUGUUCCACAGGUGGGGAGCAUAGAAACUAAAAGCUGCUUCACCUUGCUUGGUUUUGAUCCUGGGAAUACUAAGUAAACCUGUCCCGGAUGACCUGAGGGGUCUGGAUGCUUCGUAACGUACAAGUAAAUCAGAGAUGUAUUUAGGCCCGAGACCAUUUAGUGCUUUGUUAGAGAGGACUCUGGCAGCAGCAUUCUGGAUGAGCUGCAGCUGUCUGAUUGAUUUUUUACCGAGACCUGUGAAGACACCGUUACAAUAGUCUAGCAUGCUGAAAAUAAACGCAUGAAAAAGUUUUUCUGUAUCUUGUUUAUCCAGAAAUCCUUUCAUUCUUGCUAUGUUUUUAAAGUGGUAGUAGGCAAACUUUAACAAGUGCAGUCUCAGUGCUGUGAUGUUGUCGAAAUCUGGACUGAAAAGCUUUUUAAAAAUUGUUUUGCACCAGGAAAAUGUUAAGUUGCUGAAAACAACCUUUUCAAUGAUCUUUCCUAAAAAAGGUAGGUUUGAUAUGGGCCUGUAGUUAUUUAUUACUGAGGAAUCCAGAUUAGACUGUUUUAAAAGCGGUCUCCAGGGCCCUUGGAGAAAGGCCCGACUGAACAGAACCAUUGACUAUCUGUAGUACAUGUGAUGCUAUGCAGUAAAAGACAUCCUUAAAAAAGCUUGUAGGCAGAGUGUCAGUCCUGUGAGGGUGAAUAGUAUAGGAAGGCUACAAACCACACACCUUAUAUUGCAUUCAUGUCGUAAAACUGAAAUGUUUGCUAAAGAUUUACAAAUUUCAAUCCAAUAUUCAGAUUCAGUACUUUGGGUAAACAGUGCUGAUGUAACUGCUGGCCAGCUGAAGCUAACACAUCCUAUUUUAGUGCCCUACCUACCCCCACUUUGCUAUGGUAAGGACAGGUAAUAUAAACAGGUAAUUUCAAUGUUAUGAUGUAUAGCAGGAAGAUCUCUGAUGUUUUACUGGCUCUAGUGUUUCCAUUUACCAACACACACACAGCUUUGUCACUACCCUCUGUUAGCAUCCAAAUUUUAAGGAUUUAUAUUAGCAUUCUUCCCUGGUACGACAACGUUGAACAUUAAAAUGUGACAAUUAUUUAUAGUUGUCAGAGCCAGUCUUGCUUUGAAAUGAGUUUGGGGAACACUUCCCACAUGGCCACAUUAGAGACAGGCCACCUGUGUGUGUUGGAAGAUCAAUGGGGAAAUGAAAAGUCAAGGCCUGGCUUCUGCUGUGCACCUGCUGAAAAUAUACUACCACCAUUAGAUUAUUGUCCCAUAUACUGCCAUGCAAUAAAAGCUUGACAUGAGAGAUCCAGUGUUCCCCAAUAAUUUUAGGGUUAAAACCAACAUAAACACCUAACAGAAAAAAUCCAAUGUUUGUUUCGAAAGGCACCCAUCCACUGACAUGAAAAAGUCUUAAUAUGUCGUAAUACAUAUUAUUUUUAUCAUUUAAUGGAACAUGUCAAAUAAAUUGAACAAAAACUCAUCAUGUAAUGGCAUUUAUGACAUAAUAAAUAGAAAAUAUAUGAAAUAAUCAACAACACUGGUUGGACGUUGUGCUAAUUAGCAAAUGUUAACUAACUAAAAUGGCAACCAUGGUAAACAUUACCUUCUAACCAUCAGCAUGUUAACAUUGUACUCACCAAAGUCAUUGCUGAGAUCUGGGAACAUGCAAACAUCGUUAAAAAUAGUUCAGAUGGGACCAAGCAUGAGCAGUCAGACGAUCAGACAGGUUGUAAACAAACAUGUAGGCUAGUCAAACACAUUCAGAAGACAAAACAUUGGGAAUGGUAAAUUUAUUACCCAAACUGUUCUAAACAUCCAUCACAGUUUGCAGACUCACUUCUUUAUUGAACCUUGACCGGAUUGUACUUCCCAUAGUCGUUUUCCUGUGCAAUAAUAAUUACUGACAUUUCAGGUGCGCUCACUCUCUUUUACCUCCAAACAAGUGGAUUAGACAAAUCUUUUGAACUUUUGGCUUGUAUACAACCCGUAUAAUUGUCUGACCUAAUGUCUCUUGGCCCAUUGGACCUAGUGGUCAACACCAGUAAUGUUAAACUGAGAAAAAUCUAUAAAAAUAUAACAAUGAAAAACAAUGAUAUAAAGUAAAGACAUGUAAGAAACAAAUAGCAUGACACAUUGACAUAAACUUACUUUUAAGAAAACAAUUAAAAGAAGCCUUUAACUUUCCAUGGUGAGGUGGCCUGUAGUUGAUCUUGUCUCUGUUUUCAUCCUAGAGUAUGUUAACUAUUUACAUCAGAGAUGGAACCGAAACUUCUAAUAAAGAGGUGGGCUAUUUGGUUUCUAAGAUGAGUUCUUAAAGUCAGAAUUCUCAGCAAAAAGUAAGUCAUUGGUAUCGAUCAAUAAUGUUAUCGACCCUAAAAAUAAAUAUCUUUGCUGUCAGGUUGUAAAAAUGUUAUUUGACCUUAUUGCCCCUCAACAUAAUACGUGACCAGCCACAUUAAAAAAGACUGACCUGGCAGUUUGCCACUCCUUCUCCUCUUCCUCCAUCUUGUUGUCCUUUCUCAGCCCUCUGCCUCCCCUUCUUUCCUUCUCCUCCACAUCAUUUUCUCCAGCACUCCAGCCUCCACGGGAUUUGGUCUUAAUGCCAGCCAGAGCCUGCCUCUUCCCAUACCAGCCUACGAUGCUGUACUACAGCGCCCAAAAAUCUGCAUUCACAUUCGUCGUGUGCCUCCCCGUUUCUCCAUCCCCCCCACCAAUCAUGAGGUGAUGCCCGGCGGCAGCGUCAACCUGACCUGCGUUGCGGUUGGUGCUCCCAUGCCUUAUGUCAAGUGGAUGACCGGCGAGGUGGAGCUGACCCGGGAGGAGGAGAUGCCUAUUGGCCGCAACGUCCUAGAGCUCACUAACAUCCGGCAGUCUGCCAACUACACCUGUGUGGCCAUAUCCUCCCUGGGCAUGAUUGAGACCACGGCCCAGAUCACUGUCAAAGCCCUGCCCAAGCAGCCCACCUCCCUCAUUGUGACAGAAACCACGGCCACCAGUGUCACCCUGACCUGGGACUCUGGCAACCCAGAACCGGUGUCCUACUAUGUGAUCCAGUACCGCGCUAAACUGUCUGACAACGGCUUCCAGGAAGUAGACGGAGUAGCCACAACCCGAUACAGCAUCGGCGGCCUCAGCCCCUUCUCUGAAUAUGAGUUUCGUGUCAUGGCUGUCAACAACGUCGGCCGGGGGCCUCCAAGCGGUAUUGUGGACACCCGUACAAGCGAGCAAGCACCGUCAUCACCUCCUCUUCACGUCCAGGCGCGCAUGCUGAGCUCCAGCACCAUGCUCGUCCAGUGGGAGCCUCCAGAGGAGCCCAAUGGCCAAAUCCGGGGAUACCGAGUCUACUACAGCUCCAAGCACGAUGCCCCACUCAGUGCCUGGCAGAAACACAACACAGAUGACAGCCAGCUCACCACCAUCUCAGGCCUCACCACAGAUAUCACCUACAGCCUGAAGGUGCUGGGCUUCACCUCUGUGGGAGACGGGCCUCCCUCUGAUGUUCUGCAGAUCAAGACCCAGCAGGGAGUUCCAGCUCAGCCGUCUGGUUUUGAGGCAGAGGCCGAGCUAGACUCACGCAUCAUGUUAUCAUGGCUUUGGCCUGUCCAGGACCCCAUCAUUAGCUUUGAACUGCUCUACUGGGAGGCCAGCAAUCCCACAGACAAGCAUCGUGUCAUUUUCGACCCAGCAGGCUCCUAUGCAGUUGAUAGUCUAAAGCCAGAUACACUCUACAUGUUUUCCCUGGCAGCAAGAUCUGACAUGGGUUUAGGAGUCUUUACUCAGCCUAUUGAGACCAGGACUGCCCAAUCAACCCCUUCAGCCCCUCCCCAGGAGGUGCACUUGCUCAGCCUCAGCUCCACCAGCAUCAAGGUGAGUUGGGUGGCGCCGCCCACAGACAGCCACCAUGGGGAGAUAGUGGGCUACUCCCUAGCCUACCAAGCACUCACAGGGGACGAUGUGGAGCGCCACCAGGUGUCAGGGAUUGGCGCUGAUGUCACCAGCUAUGUGCUGGAGGACCUGGAGAAGUGGACUGAGUAUUUGGCGUGGGUGAGGGCUCAUACUGACGUCGGGCCUGGCCCAGAGAGCCCCACAGCCCGCAUAAGAACCAAGGAAGAUGUGCCUGGAGCUCCUCCAAGGAAGGUAGAGGCAGACGCCCUUAACUCCACUGCCCUCAGGGUGACCUGGAAGUCUCCCCUGUCUGUGAAGCAGCAUGGCCAGAUCAGAGGCUACCAGCUGGUCUACUCCAGGCUAGAGAACGGGGAGCCUCAUGGCCAACCGGUCAUCAUGGAUGUUUCCCUCCCUGAAGCCCAGGAGGCCAUUAUAACAGGUCUGCUCCCAGAGACUACCUACUCUGUGACUGUGGCUGCGUAUACCACCAAGGGCGAUGGAGCUCGCAGCAAAGCCAAGGUGGUCACCACCACAGGAGCAGUGCCUGGUAAGCCCACUAUGAUGAUCAGCACCACCAUAGGGAACACUGCCCUGAUCCAGUGGCAGCCCCCUAAGGAGAUGGUGGGAGAGCAUGUAGGAUACCAGCUGCAGUACAAGAGAGCAGAGGAGGAAGCUUUCAUUAUCAAAGACUUCAGACAGACAGAUGAUCAUUUCACAGUCACUGGCCUCCACAAGGGAGCCACCUACAUCUUCAAACUGUGCGCCAAAAACCGAGCAGGCAACGGAGAGGAGUAUGUGAAGGAGAUCAGCACUCCUGAAGACAUUCCCAGUAGCUACCCCCAGAAUCUGAGUGUGGAAGGCCUGACCGCCACCUCCACCAAGCUGGCCUGGGACCCCCCCCCUCUGACCGAGAGGAACGGGAAGAUUGUAAAGUACGUGGUGGUGUAUCGAGAUAUCAAUAGCCAGCACAACAACACCAAUAGUACCACAGAAACACAGAUGACCGUCCAAGGUUUGCAACCUGACACAACCUACGACAUCAGGGUCCAAGCUUUCACCAACAAAGGGGGAGGACCAAUCAGCCCCAGCAUUCAAAGCAGAACCAUGUCCACCUCCAUGUCAGACCUUCCCUCAGUGUUCACCAAGAACUUUGGUGUGAAGGCUGUGAUGAAAACCUCUGUCCUGCUGACCUGGGAAGUGCCAGAAACCUACAAAUCUCAAGUGCCUCUCAAGAUCCUGUACAACCAGCAGAGUGUGGAGGUUCAAGGCAACCUGAAGAGGAAGUUGAUCACACAGCUGCAGCCAGAUACUGAUUAUUCCUUUGUGCUAAUGAGCCGGGGGAACAGUGCCGGUGGCCUCCAGCAGCAGGUUUCCAUCCGAACAGCUCCAGACUUGCUGAAGAUGAAACCAGCUCGAUACCAACACGAUGUGGAGGAGGGUGGUAAAGUGACCAUCAGUCUGCCCAGGGUCCCUGCUGGAGCCCCCGUCAGAUGGUACUACAUAGUGGUUGUCCCUGUCACUCCAGCUUCUCUGAGAAGAUGGGAGAACCCUGAAAACAUGGACGUACAUGAGCUCCUGGAAGCUGGUGCUGACAGCAGUCUGCAGAGAAAGAAGAGACAGAGCCAGGAUUUCCUGCAGCCCUACAUCGCUGCCAAGUUGGACGCUCUGCCUGAGAUCUUCACUCUGGGGGAUGAGAAGAAAUACAAUGGCUACUACAACAAACCCCUCCCUGGCCAGCAGCAGUAUCGCUGCUUUGUUCUGGCUGACCUGACGGAUCACGAGUCUCAGAGGACGUUUGCGGCCAGCCCGUUCUCUGAGCCCAUCGUGGUGAAGCUCCACAGUGGGAUGACCCGACAAACUGAGGACCCAGAGAUGCUGUGGGUUAUGGGUCCAGUGCUGGCUGUCAUUCUCAUCAUCAUCAUAGUUAUUGCUAUUCUACUCUUUAAGAGCAAACAAGAAAGGAAACGAACAUCUCCAGCCAAGGACGAGCACAUGGCGGGUGUCAAGGACUCACUGCUGGCCCACUCCUCAGACCCUGUGGAGAUGAGGAGACUCAACUAUCAGACACAAGGUUCCAGUGCCCUCAGUUGCCCAAACACUCCAAGGAUGAGGGAACAUCCUCCCAUUGCUAUCUGUGACCUGGCAGACCAUAUAGAGAGACUCAAGGCCAAUGACGGUCUGCGCUUCUCUCAGGAAUACGAGUCUAUUGAUCCAGGACAGCAGUUCACCUGGGAGCACUCUAACCUGGAGGUCAACAAGCCAAAAAACCGCUAUGCAAAUGUUAUUGCCUACGACCAGUCCAGGGUCAUCCUCACACCUGUGGAUGGAGUUCCAGGGAGCGACUACAUCAACGCCAACUACAUUGACGGCUACAGGAAGCAGAAUGCUUACAUUGCCACACAGGGGGCGCUGCGGGAGACGGUGUGUGACUUCUGGAGGAUGGUGUGGGAGCAGAGGACCUGCACCAUCGUUAUGAUGACCCGCCUAGAGGAGAAGUCACGGGUGAAGUGUGACCAGUAUUGGCCAAGUCGAGGCACAGAGACAUAUGGGAUGAUUCAGGUGACCAUGCUGGACACUGUGGAGCUGGCUACGUACAGCGUACGCACAUUAGCCCUCUAUAAGAAUGGCUCAAGUGAGAAGAGAGAGGUUCGACAGUUCCAGUUUAUGGCCUGGCCUGACCAUGGAGUGCCUGAGUAUCCCACCCCAACACUGGCCUUUCUACGCAGAGUCAAGACCUGUAAUCCACCAGACGCUGGACCCAUGGUGGUCCACUGCAGUGCUGGUGUGGGCCGGACAGGCUGCUUCAUCGCGAUCGAAGCCAUGCUGGAGAGGAUGAAACACGAGAAGUCAGUGGACAUUUACGGUCAUGUGACGUGUAUGCGAGCUCAGAGGAACUACAUGGUGCAGACAGAGGAUCAGUACAUAUUCAUCCAUGAGGCCCUGCUGGAAGCUGCAACAUGUGGCAACACAGAAGUCCCUGCCCGAAACCUGUAUGCCCACAUCCAGAAGCUCACCCAGAUCCCUGCUGGAGAGACUGUCACCGCCAUGGAACUGGAGUUUAAGAAACUGGCCAACUCUAAAGCACAUACCUCAAGAUUCAUCAGUGCCAACUUGCCGUGUAACAAAUUCAAGAACCGCCUGGUGAACAUCUUGCCUUUCGAGUCCACCCGAGUCUGCCUGCAGCCAAUCAGAGGGGUGGAGGGCUCCGACUACAUCAACGCCAGCUUCAUCGACGGAUACAGGCAGCAGAAAGCAUACAUGGCCACGCAGGGCCCGUUAGCUGAGACCACAGAGGACUUCUGGAGAAUGCUGUGGGAACACAACUCCACCAUUGUAGUCAUGCUCAGCAAACUCCGCGAGAUGGGACGGGAAAAGUGCCAUCAGUACUGGCCUGCCGAGCGCUCUGCACGCUACCAGUACUUUGUUGUGGACCCUAUGGCUGAGUACAACAUGCCUCAGUACAUCCUGAGAGAGUUCAAAGUGACAGAUGCCAGGGAUGGUCAGUCAAGGACCAUCAGGCAGUUUCAGUUCACUGACUGGCCAGAGCAAGGAGUGCCAAAAACUGGGGAGGGAUUCAUCGACUUCAUCGGCCAAGUCCAUAAAACUAAGGAGCAAUUUGGACAAGAUGGACCAAUCACUGUGCACUGCAGUGCUGGUGUUGGGCGGGCUGGUGUGUUCAUCACCCUGAGCAUUGUCCUGGAGAGGAUGAGGUACGAGGGCGUGGUCGACCUCUUCCAGACCGUCAAGACGCUCCGAACUCAGAGGCCAGCCAUGGUGCAGACAGAGGACCAGUACCAACUGUGCUACCGGGCUGCUCUGGAGUACCUGGGAAGCUUUGAUCACUAUGCAACAUAACCCCACCCAGAAAGACACCCUCAGAAGAGUUUGGUGUCUCCUUCGAGCCAUAUCCACUCAGCUCCAUCAGUCCGUGCGGCCUGAUGAGGAGGCUAUGAGGAGGACUGAGGAGGAGGUGACCACAGCAGGAAACAGGGGAGAUUAGAGGAGAUAGGAGAGGGGACCAGAUGACCUUCUCCUGGACUGGUGCCAUGACUCUGCCACAGACCCCACACCAAAACUUCCCCAAAACCAACCCUGAAAGACUUGUAGUCAUACCUCAUUCUGAUUCUUGAUAGAAUAAUCCCAUCACUCCCCAAUUUCUGCCUCCUCCUAAUAGCAAAAACAAUUUUUAUGCUAUUUUCAUUUAUAUUCAUUAUUACUAUGUUUGUUAUGAAUAUUUAGAAUUUAUUUUGUAAUCUCUUACACUAGUUAUUAUAUGUAUUAUUUGCUUAUCUUUUUAUUAUUUUUAUUAGCACAAAGGACAUGUAUUUUCAACACACUCCAAGUUAUUAAUACUGGAGAGCAUAUACUCACAGCUGCUAAUAAUUUUAUUUUGUACCAUAGAUAUGAUAUUCUAAUGUUAGCAUUACUCAGUUCGUCUUAUUUAGGGGGAAAUGUGGGUUUGACUUCCUCUCUCGACAUCCAACAGAAUGAUGAUGAGGAUAUCUACCAGAUCAAAUAAACAGAUAAAGUUUGCAAACUACAUAACUACAUUAUGAGAUAAACCUAUGGCUAUAAACAUGCAAAGACUAUUAAGAUCCGAACAACUGUUAGCAUGUACAGAGAUUCUUGUCAAUAAUUGUUGACAAAUUUUCUCAAAGCCUUCAGAGAUCUAGAGACUUCCAACAAAAGAAAUAUAAAGCUGUUGGAAAGGUUGUGUGCACCGUAGUUUUCACAUCCCCUCUUAAGGUGGACUCAGGUAGACUAAACACAGACGGACUGCUCGUGAGAUUUUUUGUGAAGUAAGUGUGAUGAUAAAUGCUGAUCACAUGCUUCAGGCAUGAAAAAAGAAAAUAAAUCCAUUAUGACACCUG